AACCAGACCCAAGUGGAUUUAGUGACUGACAGCUAAUCGGAUCCCGGCCGCUUUAACAUCUCUUGCUCAGAAACUGACCAGCACGGCGCCUCCUUACCGAACCCCUCGGUCAGCGCGGGCCGGAGCAACUCGAGAUCCGCGGGGAAGUUCUUCGAUUGCUCGCUAGGGUUACGGUUGGGAUUGUGUUGAGGGUUAGGGUUAGGGGCUUUCUUGUGGGGAAGAUCGUCGUCGUCUCGAUCGAUGGAGGGCCAGCAGGCGAGGAAGAUGAGGUUCUCAUUCAAGAACGCCACCAUCGUCGUCUGCUUCGUUAAUCUAAUCGCCGCCCUCCUUCUCCUCCAAGGCUUCGUCGGCAUCUCCCACCGGAGGAGCGCCAGCGCCCGUCAGCUCGACCCCGCACAACUUAGAUAUAUCUUGGAGUCUGAAGAGAUACGUCGUGCUAUGGAACCUGUGGAAUUAAUUAAGAGAAUUAAAGAAAUUGAGCAAGAAGCAUUCAAUGAACCAGAGGCUGAAAUACAGCAAGUACCAAAGCAGACUGCUGCAGUUGAUCUGUCAAAGAGGUUGAAAGAUUUAAGAGCAAUGAAUGAUGCCAACAGUCAGAAAGCUCUUGAAGAAUGGCGUAAACGGAAGAUGGAGCGUGCUAGACAACGGGAAAUUGAGAAAAAUGGAACAGUUACAUCUCAAACCGUUUGAGGCUGCAUAGUGUAAUCAGAAGAUGGAGCCUGCUAGACAACAGGAAAUUGAGAAAAAUGGAACCAGUUACACAUCUCAGGUUGGAGGUGUAUUUGCCAUCAUAAAGUUGAUGGCCAGAUUAUGUAACUAUAUGGUGCAUCCAAGCUGCUGUUGCAAGAGUAUUACCUGGUUUUGUCAUGUCUAGACUUGCUCUCUCAGAGUGGUUAGAUGACCGAUGUUUCCCUAAAAAACUGAUAGAUGUUGUCACUUGUAUGGUUAUGGCUUGCUUAAUCCAGAGCAGGUCGGUUUAUUUUUGAGAACAGUCCAUUGCUUUACUUCCUAUGUCUA